UUAGUUUUGUCGAUCAGAAGCCAAGCCCAACCCAACCCAACGGUGGAAAAUUCAUCUUCUCUGCAACCUCCGACGGGCGACAAUGAAAGCAGCCUCCUUUCCCGCACGUCCUCCGUUCCAAGCCUCCACCGUCGAUCUCUUUGCCGCAUUCAGUCGUGGUAGGAAAUUUUCGAUUAAAACUUUGAUUGUCUCUUACGAAUUUCAUACUUUCCAAAAAGUCAGAUCUUUUUCGUUUUCCCCUUUGAUUUCAAUUACGAGUGUUAGGGCAAAGAUUAGGUUUUAGUUUUCAGUACUUCUCGCAAAUUUAUGAAACAUUAUGGACCAAAUUAUACGAUCUUUUUUUUCUUUUAGAUUUAAUGACUUAGUAGUAAAACAGAAAUUGAUUUCAAUCUCCUAAUUUCAAGAAUUUUGAUUGGCUGCAUUUUUAUGUUAUAUAAUCUGAUUGUUUGAUAUAUACUUAGAGCCAGUGCUUAUGCUAAGUUGUUAUAAAUUUAUGGAAUUCCCAGUUCUAAAAAAGGAUAAUUUCUAGAUGUUUCUUUCAAAAUUCAGACCCUUUGUUAAGGGUUCCGCUGAUUUUUUGCAACUUUUGCAAUAAAACAAUCUUGGGUCAAAAAGCUGUUAGCAUUUUCAGGUAAAAUAGAGGCCAGCUUUUAACUCUUGUGCUGAAUGUGCCACUUGCUAGUUGCUAGAAGAUAUGAUUCUUAGUCUAGGGGACUUGUGUUAAAGUGCUUCUUCUUGGUGUUUACUUAAAUUGCUUUUGUGUCCCUUUAGUUCAGACACAGUACAGAUGCCACUAUCAUGUUUGGAUGGUAAUUUAUUUUUCUUUAGUGCUGCCCUGACAACUGUGUCUAUGAAUUACCAGAUUAUGAAUCCAUUGUCUUGGCUUUUGGGGCAAAGGUAGUGGUGAUCCUGCUUUAUGUUUCUUCAAUUUUUAAUAUUUUUUAUGCACAUUGCAACUUUUGUAUUCUCACUAUUUUUUGUUUCUAUAUUUAACUGAUAUUUUGCUUUUGAAUCUGUCCUGUAGAAUUCAGCAUAUUAGAUUGCUUUUGUUUUGGUUGGCCUUUCCUAUUCUGUUUUGGGGCCAAGAAUCAAGCCCUACAUGGCUAGACCUAUUUAACAAUUUCUUCAUAGAAUCUUCGAUGAGUCAAUAUGUUAUGUUAUUACCGAGAUUUUGAUUUUGUUUCUUUGAUUUGUGUGAUUCGCCAAUCACUUCUUUUAUGGAAAGAAGAAUAAAUGAAGCCAAAUGGA